CGCCUUUUGUCCCCGUCUCCCAUUUGCCAAGCUCGCUGCGUCACGGACUACAUGUAUCACAGAGCCGCAAGCAUCAGGAAAAACCUCGAAUGGCUAUAAUCCUCGAAUGGACCACACCUACGCGCCAGGACCACACAGGCUUACUUCCCCCAAUGCCCAUCGAGAUCUACGAAGAAAUCUUUGAAUACGUAGCCGCUGUCAGCGAUCCUCUACAAGACGGGCCCACCUCAGAGGCCGCUGUCACACGCAGGACCUCCCUCGCCAACCUCGCUCUCGUUUGCCGUCUCUUCUGCUCGCUAUCCCUACAGCAUCUCUUCCACACCGUCGUCUUUCACUACAGAUAUGAGAACCCACCCAGCAUGGCCUUCGCGCGCGCUCUUGUCCAGCAACAGCCCGCCGCUGUCGCCCUCGCGCCGCUCGUGCGCACCGUCGUGUUGGCGCAUUGGCAUCCAGAGGACCUGUUCGAUCAGGCGGUCUAUCGAAUGCACCAGCGCGCGGCCAGAAGGCUGCCAGGUGUCGCUCAGAUCGUGCUCCGCGACGCCCCAUUCACCACGGACACCUUGCGCACCCUGCGUCACUCACCCUGUCUAAAGGUCCUGCGCCUCGAGUCAGUCGAACUCGACGGUUACGCAGAAGACGAAGAUGACCUCGACCUGGCUAUCCCGCCUGUAGAAGAGCUCGUCAUCCUGGAUACUAUCAUCCCGGGAAACGGAUCCUUGCAUGUAACUGUAGACACGAGCAAGCUGCAGGUCCUACGGGUUAACCUUGACAGAUCACUGGAGAUUGUCUUGGACUCUUCACCACCGGUCUUGAGCGUCCUGGACGUCGACUUUGCUCACUAUGGACACUCCAUGCAAGCAACGGAUGAUAUACUGGUGUCCUUGCGCACCUACCUGGCCAGCGAGGCGGGACGUAGGCUGAAGGAGAGGAUCAUACGCUUGCCAGAUCAUAUUCCGGCCAUUCCGACGAUCAUGUCUUCGCGCCUCCAGCAGGACGCUCGAUGACUGGGAGGGCUAUGAGGACGGAUCCGACUCUGACGGAGAGCGAAAGCAGCGAGCGAGAUGUUCGUCGUUCGCUAAACGUCGAGGCGUCUGAAGGGCGUCGCUGGUCAAUCGAAGGCGUCGCGGGUACAACGUGCGCAAUCCUCCGAAUAUGUGGCUUGCCGAUGGCGACGUGUCCGUUCUGCGAACAAGGCCAUAAACAUGUCUCGUUCCGAGGACUUGGCGAGGGGAUUGGAUCAGUGCUGAAUGUAUCGUCGGGUCUCAAGUGUGCUUCAUAGCCAUACGAUCCUGUUCUCGAUAGUCUGCUAUCUGUCUGUUCCCCCCUCUCUACAUACAACCGCUCCUGUACACUACUGCAUAGAGCCUGCAUACCAUUCUCGCUGCUUUUCCCAUCCCAUUCCCACAAUGACAAGUCUGAGCACCUCGCCG